AUGACAACUGUGCGACCGCUUGGACCACCAAUCGAUCUGACCCCCGCCCAGUGGCCAUCGGCAACCACCUUGCACGGGAGAUUCAUCCAGCUCGAGAAGCUUGAACCGAAACAUGCCAACGACCUCUUCGACCUAAUCGGCGGCGAUGACUCUACGCGAGCGUGGUUAUGGGACUACAUGCCCGAUGGGCCCUAUUCCCAGCGCGAGGCGUUCGAGGAAGUCAUCGCCUCCCGAUCGGUUUCGCCCGACCCGUUCUUCUUCGCGGUAAUUGACAAGCGUGCCUCCAGCCCCAGCUGCGGCAAAGCCAUUGGAUACAUCUCGCUGUUGCGGAUAACCCCUGCACAAUGGGCGGUGGAGAUUGGACAUGUCAUGUUCUCCUCAGUGCUGCAACGCACCCCGGCUGCGACCGAGGCGAUCUAUCUGCUGGCGCGCUACGCCUUCGAGCAGCUACACUAUCGCCGCGUGGAAUGGAAAUGCAACUCCCUCAAUGCGCCUUCAAUGAAGGCGGCCCAGCGACUGGGAUUCGUCUAUGAGGGCACCUUCCGGCAGCACAUGGUGGUCAAGGGUCGAAAUCGGGAUACCGCCUGGUUCGCAAUGGUUCGCGAUGACUGGGAGGAAGGGGCCAAGGAAGCGCUGGAACAGUGGCUGGAGGAGGGGAACUUUGACCAAGAUGGUCAUCAGAAGAAGGGGCUCCAGGAUGUGCGAGAGGCAUUGAAGCGAUCGAGAUCUGUACAGCAAUAG